AUGUUAAGCUCUGUUGAUUCGACGCUGAAGGUUCUCGACGAGCCCGCCCCGUUGGGUCUUUCGCUCCUCGUCGCGCCGGACCACCCAUCCAUCGAUCACGAUGCUAAUGUCGAACCCAGCAUUGUCUUCGUUCAUGGGUUUAAUGGACACCCGGAGCGCACCUGGAGGCACAAGGGCGAUGCUGGCAACCAGCCUGAUGCGCCUGAAGACCCCGGCGACGAACGACCUCGGAAGUUCCAGAAGCUAUUCGAUUCGAUAAAGAUCCCCCGCGACCGAAAGCCUGUUUAUUGGCCUAAGGAUCUUUUACCGCAUACAGUCCCCAAUGCACGAAUACUAGCUUAUGGCUAUGAUACUCACCUCGGACAUCGACUUAGUUCUCCGAGGAGCCAGAAAUCGGUCUAUGAUUUCGCAAAGGACUUCUUGACGGAGUUGGAAGCUGCACGUCGAUCUCAGCCAACCAGGCCCCUCUUGCUCAUUGCCCACAGCCUUGGAGGAGUCGUUGUCAAGGAAAUGCUUCGGCAGUCAUAUGGCUACCUGAAUCACCAACCUCAUCUUCGGACUAUAUCGGAGUCAACGCUGGGUAUCAUCUUCUUUGGCACGCCACACGGUGGUGCAGAUCCGCAAGGGCUUGUAAGGACCAUUGCGGAAAAUAUUGCUCGAGCGUUUGGUUUCACGGCAAAUGAAACUGUCCUGGAGAGCUUGCUACCCUCGUCUGAACGAUUGAGGCAACUUCGGGACGAGUUUGGUCCGAUGGCACGCGCAGAGGGAUGGAAGAUACACUGUUUCCAAGAAGACCACGGCAUUAAAGCCCUCGGUGGAAGGAAGGUUGUUGACGAUGCGUCCUCUUGCUUGUCUGAUUCGAGUCUGGAAAUCACUCAGCAUAUUGCCAAUAAUCACAUGGAUAUGUGUCGCUUUAGCGGAAUGAACGAUGCCGAGUAUAGAAAAGUUGCAGCAGCAAUUCAUCGAAUCCUUGGAAAUUCGAACGAUCGCCCUCCACACGUUAGUCGCUCAACACUCAGCGCCGAAGAACGGCAAGCCUACAUCAAGUCUCUCAGAUUUGAUCAGAUUGAUUCUCGUCAUGCGACAAUUAAGACAGCCCACGCCAAAACUUGCAGAUGGUUUCUCAAGAAAUCUGGUUACCAGGACUGGCUCGCCCUCGAAAGACUAUCCGAACAUAAUGGCUUUUUGUGGAUCAAGGGGAAAGCGGGUACUGGCAAAAGCACAUUGAUGAAGUACAUCUAUGCGAACGCCAAAAAGACCAUGUUGGAAGCCACAGUUAUUUCAUUCUUUUACAACGCGAGAGGAGAAGAUCUCGAGAAGUCCACCGAAGGAAUGUAUCGCUCAUUGCUUCUGCAAUUACUAGAGGACCGUCCUGAGCUCGAACGAAUUCUGGACGUCCUUCCCCGGCCACUACUGUCUGAGACCGGUGAAUUUGAGGGCCAAUGGCAACUUGAGACCCUGAAAAAUACCUUUCAAGCCGCGGUCAGAAGUCUUGGAAGCAGAACCCUAGUAUUAUUUGUCGAUGCGUUGGACGAAUGCCGUGAAGACGACGUGCGUGACAUGGUGGCAUUCUUCGAGACUCUCAGCCAAGAAGCAGUUCAAUCAAAAAUCCAACUACAUACAUGUUUCUCGAGCCGGCAUUACCCUUACAUUAGCGUCGAUAAGUGCGUUGAGCUCGUCUUGGAGAAUCAGGAGGGCCAUCAAGAUGACUUGGCACACUACCUACAGACUGAAUUGAAAAUCGGAAAGAGUCAGCGCAGCGAAAAGAUCAAAAACGAAGUUCUCCAGAGAGCCAAUGGUAUUUUUCUGUGGGUGGUUCUGGUUGUGCGAAUCUUGCAGAAAGAAUUCGACAGAGGACGAGUACAUGCUCUUCAGAAACGACUAAACGAGAUUCCCGACGGCCUUGAUAAAUUGUUCGAAGAUAUCUUGACACGAGACGCGCGAAACAGUGACGACCUGUUGCUCUGCCUACAAUGGAUUUUGUUCGCCAAACGACCGUUGAAGCGUGAAGAGUUAUAUUUCGCGAUGUUGGCAGGGAACGAACCUGACCAACUCACUGCAUGGGAUCCAAGCGAGACAACGACAGAUGUUAUGGACCGAUUCAUUCUGGAUUGUUCCAAAGGCCUCGCGGAGCUGACGAAGACCAAGAAUCAGACAGUUCAGUUCAUUCACGAAUCUGUUCGAGAUUAUCUUCUAAAGGGAAAGGGACUCGUCCACCUUCAACGGCCUCUAGAGUCGGAUUUUGAGGGCCUGAGCCAUGAAAAGCUGAAGCUUUGUUGUCAAAACUAUUUGAAGCUAGAACGCGCAAGCCGCUUGCAUAUGCAGAGGCAAGAUACAGCAGAGUCUGGGAUGGAGCGUGACGCGACGUCUGACAGUGAAACUCAGCUUGACAGCCUCUCUAUCGACAACAAUCAUGAGCUGCAAGAUGCCACAUCUUCUUCCAGCGAGGCUAGAGGCGUACGCGAGAACUUAUGUGCGCAAUACCCAUUCCUAAGCUAUGCCGUGAGCCACCUCUUUGACCAUGCCGAGGCGGCAGCUGAGGUGAUAUCGCAAACAGCUUUCAUCACGGAACUCGACCUCGCAACCUGGAGGGAGUACAACAACAUCCUUGAGAGAUACUCUAUUCGAAAGUAUUCCCCUUCGGUAAGCCUACUAUAUGUUUUGGCCGAAAAAAAUGUACCUCGGCUCAUCCGCAUUGAGCUUCAAAAAAUGCCUCACAUGGAUAUUAAGGGUGAGCGACAUCAGUUUCCUCUGCGGGCGGCUGUAGCCGCAAAGAACAAGGAAGCAGUCGAGGAGUUUCUGAGGCCAGUAGCAGGAAGCAAGGAUGCGGCUGGACGAGAUGUCGAUUUCAUUUCCUCGCAGAUCCACGACAGGCGGCAUGCUUGUGCGGACUUCUUAUUGCAAAGAGCCACAACGAUCUCCAAGCUGAAAGAAGAGACAGUACUCUUCUGGGCUUUCGCCACAGGAAACAUUGAUCUCGUCGAAACUUUGCUAGCAACAGAGAAGGUCCAAUUAACUUGGCAGGCAAAGAUCAGAAAUGGAUGCCGCCUCGCGGUGGGCCUAAGUGCUAGCGACUUACGUUUGGCUUUGGCAACAGUAUUGCUAUAUACCAAUCAGCAUGAAACUGUCGCCAAAGGCACAAAUGCAUAUGCAAUAAGUCUGCUGCGAGUGCAUGUUCUCCCUUGGGCAUUCGAGCAUGGAUAUGGGCUUUUGAUCAGACAUCUGCUGUGGUAUAUGGUAUGCGUGGCUGGAGGGAUCCCGGGGGCUGAAUCUCGUGCAGUGAAGCCUCUGCAGAGCGACGCUGAUUUUAUCGCUCUAAUGUCGCAGCAGCACAUUUCGGUCGAUUCAGAGCUCGGUGAUGCGACAUAUCGGACACUGUUAUCAUUUGCCGCGGGCUACGGACUUGCAGGUGUCGUGAAGUACAUUCUUGAGCAUACCAGCCACCGGCUGGAUGAGCGAGAUUCCUCGGGGCGUACUCCCCUUGCUCAUGCGAUCUUGAAUUGCUGUUCAGAUGUCGUCGAAACACUUAUCCCAGCAACAAACAUCAAUUUCGUCGAACCCGAUGGGCAAAGCCUCCGUCUGCCUUUGUCGUCAACAAAACAUAAAGAGAUGAUUGAAUUGUUGUUGAAAUACCGGGCAAGCUUUCAGGAUAUUGAAAUUGAUCAUCGAGACCCUCUCAGCUGGGCGUGUGAAAAUGGGCACGAAUCCAUGGUGGAAUUGCUCCUGGAGCAUGGGCAUCAUAAGGUCAACUCACGAGAUUCUGUGGACAUGUCUCCGUUACAUUUUGCAGCGUUGAACGGACACGAAUCAAUAGCCAAAUUGCUCCUGGCGGAUCCCGCUGUCGAGGUGAACGCUAGAGACAGUCAUGACGACACUCCAUUACAUAUGUCGGCACAGGGUGGGCACGACUCAGUCCUAAAGCUGCUCCUGCAGCAUGGGGAUGUCGACGUGAACACAAGGAACAUUAAAGGCCAGAACCCAUUACUCGCGGCAGCGAGGAAUGGGCACGAAUCGACGACAAAACUCCUCUUAGAACGUGAGGACAUCGACGUGAACGCAGGGAAUGUUUACGGCGCGUCUCCAUUGCACGCCGCACUGCGUUGGAGUCCAAUUGCAAUUGUCCGACUUUUGCUCGAACACCAGGAUAUCGACCCCGAUCUCACAUGCUUCGACCCUGUAUUCCAGAGAUAUCGACCAGCGCUGGAGAUGGCCAGGGGAAGGGGCCAUAGGGAAGUGGUCGAGCUGUUGGAGACGAAAAUGCGCCAACGGCAGAGCCUUGAUCGCUCGCUCUGA